UCUGGUUUUACCCACUACUGGAUCCUUAGCACUUGGGAAUGGCUGGCUCAGAGAAGGGCCAAAUAAAAGUUUUUUGAAUGAAUAAACAAGUGAUGUUAAGUGUAUAUACAGAGGAGAGAGCAGGUAGGAAUAGCCUUGGUGGUCAUGAUGGGUGCUGGGGACAUGGAUGGACAGGAGGUUGUCUGACCCUCUUCCUUCCUGGCCACCUCAGCUCUCCUUGUUCAGGCUCCACGGGCCCAGUGCUCUCCCCAGCUGGAGCAGCCCAGGUAUCCCUGGCAGAUUCCAGAGGCCCCGCCCUGGUUCCCAGCCUUCUGAGGCCCCCCUCCCCACCAGGCUCCUGAGGGUGCAGGCCACAGACCCCCUUCCAGGCCUGGUAGAUAUGCUGCGGGUGCCAGGCAUGACCUGCAGGCCUGAGCCAGCUUUUCCGCCCCCUUGUCUGCCCUAGCCCAGGCCUCCUUCACCCUAGGCAAAGUAACAGGUAGACUAGAGAGGCGUGGUCUCCAGGGUUCCUUCACUCCGACAUCCAGAGGUCUGCGAGAAGCUGAGGACCAACCCACAAUCACUAUCUUUCAGAGAAAGUGAAACCUGGUCCCCAACCGUCACCACGGCGACUCCCCCACCCUGGCUUCCCCUCUGAGCUCACAGCUUCCCCAUCUCCUCCGCCCCCCACACCAUCCCUCAACAGCUAGUACUUGGAAUUAGACUUUCAGCUUUCUUUUUUCCUUCAAAGGACUUUUGCCUUUUAUGUCCAUGACAGCAGCAGCUCUGUGAGCCUGAGCCAGGAAAUACUGUUUGAACCCUCCUUUUACAGGUGGGGCCUCUGAGGCCCAGAGAGGUUAAAUGACUUGCCUCUGGUCACACAGUAUGUCAGCCCCCUUGAGCCCUAACCUCCUGUUUCUCUUGCUUUAAGCACCUGUUUUCCCACCGAAGACCCUGUCUGUAAAGAAAGAGCCUAGGUGUGGGCAAUGGGCCUGGGAUAAACAAGGUUGGUUGCAAGGGGUUUGCAUGAUGGGAGAAAGGAGAUGGCUGGGAGCCCCACUGGGGGAUGCAGGUCCUGGGGCCAGAACCACAAUCUCGGGGCUGCCAGCCUGGGUCUGGCUCUGUGCCCAGAGCCCGGUGGUUUCCGCUCACAGAUGUCCCAACAGCCUCAGCAGGAGGGCGGGAAGGGCACUCAAGAAGGAAGAUGUCUCGCUCCCCUCAGUCCCAAACCACAGUGGCUGGUGAGGCUGAUGGCUCCUGGGCCAAGCCUGGCCUGCGGGCCCUCUGAGGCCCCAGUUGGCACACUCUCCCCUCUAUCCUGGGCACAGCUCCCUGCACAUGGCUCGGACCCCCAUGUUCCCUACUCGCCCCAGGAAGGCUGGGGCUGCGGUUUGCAUCAUCCUUGGGCGUGGGGCUGACCUCGAAGAACGAAUUCGAAGAAAACAGGAGGAGGAGCAGGCAUGCCACCGCACCCAGCGCCCAUUGGCCGCCCGUGGAAACUUUGGUUUUUGGGGUCAUGUUCCCAGAAGGCCUGCCCCUCCCCCCCCCACUCCCCACCCACCUCACGAGGUGUUGGCCAAUCGCCCUGGCGGGCAUAAAGUGGCAGCUAGCCCGCAGGGCUCCCAGCCAGGAGGUGUCACCCCCAGCAGGCGCCGGCCGGAGCUCGGGCACCCAGCAUGCGGGCACAGCUUAUGCGGAGGACGCUUCUCAAUGUGGGACACGAAGGGAGAGAAGAGGAAGGUGCAAGAGGUCGAGGACAAUGCUGGCCUUGUGUGACCUGGGUCUGGUCCUCGGACUCCUGUUCCUGAGUACGCCGGCCAUGGGCAGCUGUUUGGACAACUACCAAGAGCUCCUUGGGCAGCUCCAGAAGCAGGCGGACUUCAUGCAGCACACCAGCAUGCUCCUGGACCACUAUAUCAGCAUCCAAGGCCUGGACAAGGAUGGUCUGAAGGAGCACUGUCAGGAGCGCCCCGGGGUCUUCCCCAGCAAAGAUGCCCUGCAGCGGCUCAGCAGGCAGGAAUUUCUGCAGAUCCUUAACAACACACUGGGCCACGUUCUGCACAGACUGAGAACUUUACAGAAGGACAUCCCCAAAGCCCAGGACUUAGAGAAGCUAAAUAUAGCAAAGUUAAACAUUCGCGGGUUCAAGAACAAUAUCCACUGCAUGGCCCAGCUGCUUCCAGGCUCCUUGGAGAAGACUGAGCCCACUCCGACAGGCCCAGGGGCUUCUCCAUCACCCACCCCCAUCUCAGACGCCUUUCAGCGCAGGCUGGAGGGCUGCAGGUUCCUGCAUGGCUACCACCGCUUCAUGCACUCAGUGGGUCAGGUAUUCCGAGAGUGGGGGCAGAGCCCGAGUCGGAGCCGGAGACACAGCCCCCGCCGGGGCCUGCGGAAGGGGACCCACAGGACGCAUCUCUCCAGCAGGAACAAAAGACUCAUGCCCAGAGGGUGGCUGCCCCGGUAGCCUUAGGGGUACCCCUGGCAGAUAAAAGACUCACAGGUAUUCUGUAGGAUGGCCCAUCCCCGCUGGCCUCCAAACCUGCUCUCCUCUGUCCCCCCCCCACCCCCCCGUCAGAAGCGCACUUUAAGGGGUGGGAGCCAAGCAGGCCCCUCUACCUCCUCCAGGCGGGGAGGGGAGGGUCAGGCCAUUGAACCCCCAGCCCUGAGUUCCCCAGUCUCGGUGGGAUGGCCAGGUCAGGCCACGCGGGGCUAACUUUCCAUUGAUUCAGGGGUCUGAUGACACAGGCUGACUCAUGGCCAGACUGACUGCCCCCCCUGCUCUGCUCCCCAGAGGCCCGUCGGCCCUUCCCUCUCAUGACUUGCAGGGCUGUUGACCCCAGACUUCCUCCUUUCCAUGGAGGCAUGGUUCCGAGGGGGAGGUCAGGGCCUGAGCUGGCCUCUUAUGCCUCAUUGCCAGUCUCAGGCCAGACACCUGGACAUCUGGGUGACCUCAUUUUAGGCAGCUGUGACACAGGCAGAGUGUCCUAGAAGAAGUGCUGAUCGGGGUAGGGUGUCUAAAAGUGGGGCUCAAGUGCCCUCUCACUGUGUAGCCUCGGGAAGACCACCUUACCUCUCUGGACUUCAGUUUUCUUUUUGUGAUUCAAGAGGGUUGGGACCGUGUAAAGCCCUCUCUGCUUGCCAGUAGCUGGGAUUCUAUGACAUACAGUGGAUAUCAAAUGCAGUGCAAAUGGACAUGGAGUAAAGACCUAGUGUCUGGAAGUACCCAGUAUUGGGUCCUGGCUGCUGGCUCCUCCCCCUGGUGGUGCAUCAUGAAAUUUUCUCAUGCUGAAGCGAGGGAGUCCCAGAAGCUGCUGGGCCAAUUCUUUGCAGGGAUAUGAUUAAUUUAUCGAUUUUUAUCAGUUUUUAUCUGUUUCCUAUUUAUAAGGCUUAUUUAUGAUAUGUAUUUAAUGUUAAUAUUGUGCCAACAUAUAUUUAAAACUUGCCUGGUUUCUAAAGUCCCUGUGUCUCUCUGUUGCCUUGUGGGAAAGAAUUUGAGGGAAUCUAGCCUCUUGGAGGAAGGGGGGGGGGCCUUACCAUGGGGGUGUCUCAAACAGGGCAUUUAUUGUGUCUGAAUGUGACUCCCUUGAGAUGCUAGGGACUAGAGGGUUUGGGAGCAAGAGAGGAGGGAGGAAAGCUGGAAUGUGUGGGCCCCUGUAGGUGUGUGACUGGGGGGUACGUGUGCUUAUGCGUGUUACGUGAAAUAGACAAGAUAGUAACAGACCCUGCCUCAGACAUGGCCUGUGACCUGCUGUGCGCUUGAACCUGUUUCUUGAAGGGCUUCCGGCAGGACUCUCUGCAAUAGAUAAGAUCCACUUUGCAGAUAAGAAGACUGAGUCUCAGGGAGACUGAGUUACCUGCCCAUGUCCUCAGAACACGUUUUCUGGGAGGGCGGACACAUGCUGAAUUCAGGUCUGUUAGAUGCCAGAGCAUCUUCUGUUACUCUUCAAUCUCUGUAACUUGGCCAGCAAUGUCAUGAGUCCCUAAGGGCACAGAGCUCCCAGGCUAGGGGGCAGACAGGCAACAGACAUGCAGAAGAACCAACUCAGGAAUUGGGGUAUGAGCUCUGCAAAAUGAAAUCGGGUGAUGUAAUAGAGUGAGAACCUCAGGCAACAGGCAUGGCCCUGGGAGAGGUGAAGCCUCUCCAUCCACUCUGAAAUCUGAAUGCCACAGGAGACAGGGUGGGCCCCCAGGUGGCAGAAACAGCUAGGGCAAAGGCUCCAAGCAUUCCAGGAUCAGCAUAUAGUGAGCCAGGGGCGUCACUGGUUUAUAUCAAAAAGGCCUGGAAAAGGGAAGCAUCUUGCUCAAGAUCACAGAGGGAACUCCAGCACAGAACUCCGGACCCUGACUCCCAACCAACAGUCUUCCCAGCAAUGCCCAGUGUGUUCCAGGUGACCUACCAAGUCCCUAAUAAGAGCUUUCCACCGUCUCCCACUGGGCUCUCCCUUGCUCUUGAGGAUCUGCCACACAGGCCACCUUUUGGCUCUUGAUAUGCCCAGGGCUCCGUCCUACCAUGAGGCCUCUGCUUAUGCUGUUCCCUCUGUCUGGAACACCGUUCCCUGUCAUUUUGCUCAGUGCAUCUUCAGCUAUUCUUCCCUACCACGCAUGGUCUGGGUCCAGCAACUUGGUUAUUUGUCCUUGUAAAGCUGUCCUCUUGGGAGGCUCUUGCCUGCUGUGGUGCUUUACCAUCUCCCUCCCACACUAGCCUAGAGCUGCCAAGGAUGUGGAGACAGCAGCUGCUUCCCUUUGCUCCGCCUCAGCACCCGGCACAGGGCCUGCACCCAGUAGGAGCU